AUGACCUCGACCGCCUCCUCUCCCCAGAGCGCCAGCCUCAAGCGAGCGUAUGAGGCUGACGAACCCUCCCACCUUGCCCGGCCGGACGUUCUGGUGCAGACCAACUCCCCUCCUCACAGUUCGACUUCGGCGACCUCCGCCUUUAGGAAUGUGUCGGCGUGCAACCGUUGCCGCGUCAGGAAGAACCGAUGCGACCAACGGCUUCCGGCAUGCAGUACCUGCGAGAAGGCCAAUGUCCGCUGCGUAGGCUAUGAUCCUAUCACAAAGCGGGAAAUCCCACGAAGUUAUGUCUACUUUCUCGAGACAAGGCUGGCCUACUUUGAGCAGUUGCUCAAGGCUCAUGGCGUCUCCUUCAAUACGACCGACGUCUACGGCGCCGAGUCUAAAGAGCUUGGGGAUGGUGCGCAAUCACCGGCGAGCACAAAAACAUCUUGGGUAGGGCCGCAGUCGCCCAGUGCUGGCUCUCCGCAAACCACAAAGAACGGCGACUGGGAGAAAAAGCAGGAGGACGAUAAACUGAACAAUUUGGUCUCGAACAUCGGUAUGGUCUCCGUCCAAGGAGCAUCCGAUGCGCGGUAUCUGGGCUCGACUUCUGGAAUAUCCUUCGCGCGAGUGGUGUUGGCCGCCGUGAAGAGUUCCGUAUCAACUGGCAACUCGGAGCGCGCUGGGACGCGUCCUAGCCGUCCACUACCCAACGUUGCCUCCUCGGGUGGUAGCUCGAUGCGAGACUCAUACUUUGGUCUACAGACCAAACCUACAAUAAAGGAGGCCGCCUUCCCUGACCGCGAGUUGGGUUGGAAACUAGUCAAUCUGUACUUCGAGCACGCAAACCCCCAGAUUCCCAUCCUGCACCGAGGAGACUUCUUCGACCUCUUCGAGCGGACUUAUGCUACAGAGCCUUCCAAGCGCACGAGCCGAGACUUGUAUUUCCUCAAUAUCGUCUUCGCCAUUGGCGCUGGUAUCAUAUGGGGAUCAUCGGACCCUCAACCAAACUCCCAACAAGCAGAUUAUGUGUUCAAGAAACCCCGACUAUCAAGCCAGCAGGCUCAACCCGAGGAAUAUCAUGCGUCGGCGAUUGUCAAUUUGGGGUCCUUCCUCGGCUCUGGUCCGCUAGACACGACCGAGCGGGCCAACGGCGAUCUCGAAGAACUUCAGGCGGUCUUGUUGCUUGCUUCGUUUGCCUUGCUCAGACCUGUGGCGCCUGGGCUGUGGUACAUUGUAGGCGUUGCCAUGAGGCUGGCCGUCGACCUUGGCCUUCACUACGAAGAUGGAUCUGACAUCGAAGAUUUCACAGACGGCCAAGAACCUGGUGACUUCGGGCUGGGUCCUUCUGGUCCAAAGCCACCGCGGUCACUCGAUGCCAAGGAGAAGGGUCGCCGAGAAUGGAUCCGAGAUCUUCGUAGAAGACUCUGGUGGUGCACGUAUACCUUUGACCGGCUGGUCAGCACCUGUGUAGGGAGACCCUUUGGCAUCACGGACCAGGUUGUCACCACAGAGUUCCCUUCCCUACUUGACGACAAGUACAUCACAAAAAGCGGGUUUCUAUCACCGAGGUCACAGGACGAACCAACAUACAAGCGUGUCGCCCACCACUAUUUCAGACUGAGGUUAUUACAAUCCGAAAUUCUGCAGGUUCUUCAGCAUCAGCAAGCACAGCAAGCACGUCUCAACGGCACCAACCGUCGCAAUCAAUUCAUGCACACCAAACUGCCCUCUCCUUUUCUAAGCAAAUUCGAUUCUUUCCGAUCCUGGCGACGAGACAUAGAUCAACGACUAUAUGAAUGGAAGAUAUCAGCGCCGGAGCCGUCAGACACCGGGGUGGGCUUUUCCGUCCAAUUUUUGGAGCUGAAUUACUGGCAAGCCGUGAUCAUGCUAUAUCGGCAGAGUCUCAGUGUGCCAGCUCCGUUGGCGCACGAGUUCAGUCCAACCGAGGAGGUUGCCAGCCCUGCCAGCGUCAGGACAGAGGAGAAGGAAGACGAAGAUCUUGUCUUCCUCAAGUGCGCCGAAGCAGGGCAGAAGACGUUGAAGCUGUACAGACAAUUGCACAGGCUGCGACUGGUCAAUUACACGUACCUGGCGACCCACCAUUUGUUCAUGGCAGGCAUCUCAUUUUUAUAUGCUGUCUGGCAUUCACCUGCUGUCAGAUCUCGUCUGACUCUCGACGAUUUCGAUUUCACCGUCCUCGCAGCGACAUCCGUGCUCGGCGAUCUCAUGGAAAAGUGUCCGCCCGCAGAAGCAUGUCGCGACGCCUUCGAACGGAUGAGCAAGGCAACCGUACAGAUGUGUAUGUCAACACCUGGCUUCGGCUUCUCCCUGGAGCGCGAGGAACCCCGUCAGCCGCUCUCAAGACAAUCGAGCCACCACAGCAUGCCUGCACCCAUGCAAACCGACUCAUACUCACAAGCGCGUGCCCCUCGUCGCCCAAUGAUGAAACGGCCGCCGCCCAAAUUCGACAUGGACCUGCGCCAACUCUUCCCGGACGACGUAGAACUCAGUUCCCGCCCGUCUCAUUCCUUUCCAUAUCCUUUGCAGGGUCUACAGCAACAACGACAGCAGCAGUCCGCGUACCAACAGCAGCAGCAGGCCUCACCUCGCCCACAACGACUGUCUCGCGCAUCGAGUAUCAGCUCACAAAUCACUGGAGGUAUGGGGAUAGGAAUGGGCACACAGAGCGCGUCCAACAAUACCAAUAACAACAACAAUACUGCCGGCCCAUUCAUGUUCAACCAACCUCAGUCGCAAGAACCGUUCUACAUGCAAAAUACAUAUAAUCCCGACUUCAUGUCGUCGUUGCCGGGGAUGGACUUCCUCAACAACGCCGGCAGCAGCAACGAAGACUUCAACUUCGACGCAGGCGGCCUGGACCUUGGGUUCGGUAUGGGUCUUGAUUUCCAGCAUGAUUGGAGCGAUGGCCAACAAUAUGACCUGUUUGAUGGGUUCUUCUUUGGUGGAAACGGGAAUGGGAAUGGGAAUGGGAAUGGGAAUGGAAAUGGAAAUAGCAGUGGAAGUGGGAGUGGGAGUGGAAGUGGCGCAGGAAACGGGACUGGGAAUGGGGAUAUUGGAGGAAGAUGA